AUGAGAUCGACGGGGCUUCGUAUCUCGCCCUCGGCUGACUGUUCGACCCACCCGGCUCUGUCGCUCUCCGUGACGGACUGCCGAUGCCGGGCAGCGUUUGCCUUUUAUAGAGGGCCGGGGCGGGGGGCGGGCGGGGCGGGGCGGCGGGCGGCUGCGGGCGCCCCGCGCGCCAGUCCGGCCGCCGCGUCGCCCGGGACGCACGUCGCGCGCCGCUCUCUCGGCCGGCCCGGUCCCACAGGCGACGACGCCAACCCUGCCCCGGCUAAAGUGCUACCGUUCCGUUCUCCCUUAUCUUGCGUU